GACAGCACUGCCCCUGCAGAGGCAGGGACAUGAAAGAGGAGCUGGACUGAUCCCCUGUCCUCGGUGCUGACCCCCAGAAGCAGGGGGAGAAGCAGCUCCCUGCUCCAGAGAUGCGGAGAACAUGGCAGCCCUUUGGGGUCUGGCGGCUGCUGCUCCUGCUGGUAGCGAUCCCACUCACACCGGUGCAGAUGACCCACCCGGAGUGCUCCAUCAUUCUGCAUUUACAGGAACGAGAGGCUGAGUGUCUGGAAACAAUCAGGAGUGAAAACCAAAGCAACGAGUCUCCAGAGCCUUCCAGCUGGAAAGGCUGCCUGAGGGAGUGGGAUGGCGUCAGCUGCUGGCCGGCGGUGUCAGUUGGCCAGUCCCAAGCAGUGACCUGUCAAGAGAUCCUUCAAGUAUUCAAGAAAUCUCAAGUGUUGAUACGCAAGAACUGCACAGAGUCUGGCUGGAGCAGCCCCAGCCCUCCGUACUACGCCUGUGAGCUGGAUGGCAGCAAUAAGGACACAGAAGCCAAGGGGGCCUACUUUGCUACUGUGAAGGUGCUUUAUACCUGCGGCUACUCUGCCUCCCUGGCUGCUCUGCUCCUGGCCAUCGGCAUCUUCUCCUGCUUCAGGAAGCUUCACUGCACCAGGAAUUCCAUCCACAUCCACUUCUUCACCUCCUUCAUAAUGCGGGGAGCUGCCGUGUUCAUCAAAGACUCCGUGCUCUUCGCGGAUGAGUCCAUCAAUCACUGCACCAUGUCAACGGUGAACUGCAAAGCGGCCAUUGCCUUCUUCCAGUACUCAGUGCUGGCCAACUUCUACUGGCUCCUCGUGGAGGGGAUGUACCUGCAAACACUGCUGCUGUUCACCUUCACCUCUGACAAGAGGUAUUUCUGGUGGUACACCCUCAUCGGCUGGGGCGCACCUCUGCUCAUUGUGAGCUUGUGGAUCUUCGCCCGGCUACAAUACGACAACCAUGGGUGUUGGGAUGACUAUGCCAGUCUGUACUGGUGGGUGAUCAAGGCCCCCAUUCUCUUUGCCAUCUUUAUGAACUUCCUCAUAUUCCUGAAUGUGAUCCGAAUGUUAGUGCAGAAGAUUCGAUCCCCUGACGUUGGCAAAAACUACAAGCAGCAGUAUAUGAGACUGGCAAAAUCCACACUGCUUCUCAUCCCCCUCUUUGGGGUUCACUACGUGGUGUUCGCCCUCUUCCCGGAGCAUAUUGGCGUUGAAGCAAGACUCUAUUUCGAACUGGUUCUUGGCUCCUAUCAGGGGUUCCUGGUGGCUCUGCUGUACUGCUUCCUGAAUGGGGAGGUGCAGGCUGAGAUCCGGAGGAACUGGGGUAAAUGGCAGUCGUCCAUGGAGAGCAACGUCUUCAACCUGGUGACCCAAGACUUUACAGCCUGAGAAGGGAAAGGGCUGGUGAUAAACAGCUUCCCAAAGCCUGACCGCUAUUCCGCGCCCCGCAGCAGCAGCCCCAGCGGGGAGAAGGGCAGCACCUUGCAUUCCACUUUGCCACCCAGUUUGUUUCUGCUUCCUUGGCCAAACAUACAGAGGUGGGGACUGAGGGAAAAGACCUUGUAGAUCAACUCUAGCCCCUCCCCAGAGAUUGUUGCAGGGUCGUACUCUGCAUUCUAUUCUUCAGGACUUGUCCAGCUUUGUGUUCAAUGUCCCAAGAAACAGACCUUCCUUCCCUUCCCUUGGGGAAAUGACCCCACAGGCAAAGAUUUUGCACUUGGAAAAGUUUCCAGAGAUUCAGGCUGUAUUCUCCAUUCAUUGCCUUCCUCCUAGUUAUAAGCCAUGCACUGCUCUAACUCACUCCUCUCCCCCCCUGCCAUGGGCACCCACCCUGCUCUCAGCUGUUGUGACUCACGUCCCCCCCCCACAUCCAAUCCACCAGUCUCCUUAGCAGGUGGGUUGCCCUUCUUGUAAAUACUUAGGGGUUUUCUCCAUCUUUCUGGUCCUGAGCUGCAUGGGAUACAGCGUCACCUGGCACAGCCUGCCCAGGGCCAGAUGUUGGCAUCGCCUGGCAUGGCCUGCCCAGGCCAUAUAGAGAAGGCAAUUGUAUUCCUGCACCGUGAUGUGCUACCUGCCCUGAAGGCCUCUCUUUUGCUGCCAUCGUGUGUUUGUUCUUUACACUCGCUCCCAGGGCAUUUCAGCCUGGUUACCUGGCAGGUUUUUCUCCUCCCCCCAAGACGCUUUUUCUCGCGUGGCUUUGCAUGUUUCCAAGCUGAAUCUUAUUUUCUGUGAUUCCUGUUCCUCUCCCUGGUGCUCACAGCUCCUCCUGGCCUAGUGCCAUCUGCAGAGUUCGUCAGCAUGUGGCUUUCUCCCACUGCCCAGCUCAGUAAUGAAGAUGUUGGAUGAGGCCAGUCCUUGCACAACACACAUUCCCAGCUCCGUGCCUUGCUGUUUACCCCUGGCCAACACUUCAUUUGAUACUUCCCCCUUUGGCUUUGGUUCUUUUAGCCCUGUCCCCGCGCACAGGACAGGAUACCCACACCCAGCAGUUGGAAUCAGAGUGGACAGGGUUCGCUCCUGUGUGAGAAGCCAGCAUUAGGGCGAGGUCCUGCUUCAGUCCCACUUUUUUAGGCUUUUAAUGAUGUCUUGGCUUCAUACAGGCCCUGUGCACGGGGUGAAUUUCACAUUAUAGCAGGAUUUGGUGAGAUACUGACCUGGGCUCUCCCCACCUCAGAAAAUCUGACCCUGUGUCAAGCCAUCAUCAUCACCAGUCUUCCUACACCACUGGGGUGUAGGUAGCCUUUAUUUUUAUUUAAAGGUAACUUUAGAGCUGUUCUAUUACACCAUCGAGGGCUUGGCUCUGGCGGCUACAGUUCAACAGACUAACAAAUUAGAGACUAAUUUGGGCUACUAAGGGGCCUCUAAGGGGCCACAAGGACUCCUUGUUGUUUUUACAGUUCAGCAGAGCUCUUUCUGCCUGUUUUAGCUCUAGAGCUCAUAGGAACACAUGAAGCCAUAAGCAAGUAACAGACAAUCACAAGAAGAAGGUCUAUUAUCUUGUAUCCAUUUUAUUAACGUUACCAACACAGUUAUGACUAUCACAGCAUAUACAAUGCCUAGAUCUAUCCAGGCACCAGUUCUAACUGCAGCCAGACUCGCAUCCUCCUAGACAGCAUUAGGGUCAGGUGGGUCUCUCAUGGAUUGAUCAUCAGUACAGGGAUGCUUCCUGCUGGAGUUUGCCCAUAGGAAGCUCAAUUUUCCUGCUCUGAGCACCCCCUUUUUAUAAUAUGAUUCUCCCUAUACUUACAUUCUGCACAUGUACAUGCAAGUGUCACCCCUCUUUUUCCUUAUUGGUCUGAUGUUCUCUAGAAACAGACGGGACCACAAUUUCUAUAGGUCAUGUAGGUUCUCUUUAUUCUCAUUGGCAUUGACGCACAACCUGUAUCCCAUGGUGCAGACACAUGUGGGCCUCUACCACAUUUUUAUGAUUUAAAAUUAAUCUUCCAGCUAAUUUUUUGCAAUGUUACCCCUUGGUGCCUCUUUUCCCAUCAUCUCAGUGCAUCGGGUUAUU